UCUGUGUCUGUGUCUGUGUGUACACCUCUACAUUUUACUGGUUUUGCAGGCCUCGGAUCUGGAUCAGAAAAAAAAAAUAAAAAAAACAUGGUCAUCUAUUUUUACAUUACACAAUAACUGUGGACAAAAGCCCACAUGACAGUCUGCGGUUUGCAAUUAGAUACAUACCAGGAAAAUGUGAGAUGUAAUAAAUAGGCAUGUUAAAUGUUAGUAUUUAAAAUGAGAAGGAAGCCUAAGCCAUAACCUGAAGAGUCUUGGUGGCUUGAAUAUCACGGAACUGUGUAUCAAAGGUGCCCAUUGAUUUGAUCAAGACUGAUAACAGAGAUAUAGCUCUUGGUGGUGUCUUCUGAAGAACCUGCAGGGCUGUUUUCUAAAGUAAAGAACAUUACCACAAGCCAACAGCAAUGUCAGAAGAUUCACCUACAGCAGUGUAUCUUGCUAUUUAUAUCAUCACAUUCCUGAUUGGGUUUCCUAACAGUGCACUGGCAUUGUACUCAUGCAUUUACAAGAUUCGGAGAAAACCCAUCCCUAUUGACAUAUUGAUGCUGAACCUCACUAUUUCUGACCUCAUCUUUCUCACCUUCCUGCCCAUCAAGAUGAAAGAGGCUGCAGAUAACAUGGUUUGGAACAUGCCCCAUUUCCUGUGCCACUUCCAUCUGUUCGUCUUCUUUCUUCCUCUCUAUUCCAGCAGCCUGUUCUUGACAGCAAUAAGCGCUGAGCGCUAUGUGUGUAUAGCAUUUCCAGUCAAGUAUAAAAGUCCGAAGAGAAUCAUUUACACAGUACCUAUAUGUGUAGGCAUCUGGGUGAUUGUUGGAGUAAGUUUUAUAUUUGUUUACAAGGCAGCAUACAUAGAUUCUGAAGAAGUAGUGACAGAACCUCAGACAUGUUACAGUAACUUCACAGAGGAACAGCUCAGGCAACUGCUCCCAGUGCGGCUGAGUUUGGCAGUGGUGUUUUUCUUUCUACCCCUCUUUACCUGCUGCUUCUGUUACAUGAAUUUCGUUUGUAUUUUGUUAAAGCGUCCUCUCAUCAAGCGACAACGUAAACUCCGGGCAAUUGGACUGGCACUGGGGACUCUCCUUGUGUUUGCCGGUAGUUUUGCACCCCUCAAUAUAUCACAUUUAGUAGGCUUCAUCAAAAAAGAAAAUCCAAAGUGGCGCAUGACAGCUUUAACUCUUAGCACUUUGAACGCAUGUUAUGAUCCUAUUAUAUUUUUCUGUAUAUCUAGGGAGAUGAGAAGGGUGAUCAAAGUAUGUGCUAAGGCUUUUAUUCAGUUUUAUGCCAAUUUCAAGGGUUAGUUCACCCAAAACAACAAAUGAAGAUAUUUUUAAUAAAAUCUGAGACAUUUCUGUCCCUCCAUUGACAGUCUAUGCAACUACCAGUUUGACGCUUCAAAAAUUUCAUAAUGAGAUCAUAAAACUAAUCCAUAUAUGAAUUGAGAUUUCAUCCAUAUAAACAUGUGUCAAUUUCUUGAACACAAAAGGAAAAAAAAAUCUAAAUACUCAUAAAAGUUCAUUUGAUUGAACUAAUUUGUUUAAUUUGAGUUUUCUCUACUCCAGUCAAUUAAUUAUUUUGAGCGUUAGGGUUUUCAGUGUAUAGAUUAGAUUUACAAUCUCUUUAUGAACCUUUUAAAGUGUCAAAGAGGUAGUUAUGUAGCUGACUAUGGAGGAACAGAAAUCGCUAAGAUUUCAAUAAAAAUAUCUUAACUUGUGUUCUCAAGAUGAACAAAAGUCUUACUGUUUGGAAGAGGGUGAGUAAAUGAUGACAGAAUUUUUAUUUUUGGGUAAACUAUCCCUUUAAAGCAAUGUAUUGUUGUAAACUACUUCUAUUUAAAUUACACAAAGCAAAUAAACAAAUGUAUGAUAUUGUAUCCUAAACUUCACAUAAAAGUGCUGUACAUGAUUUUGUUUUAUGUAAUGACAGCUUAUGCAGAAAAGAUCCUACCCCAAGGGGGGUAUAAAGUGGAAACCAAGAUAUAAAGUGGAAACCAAGAGCCUGCUCAAUGAACUUGAAGCAGUUUUCAUAAGUUUGGAGGUUUCAAAUUGUUUGUGAUUUUUUUUGUCUGUAUAGUAAUGGGAGAAACAAAGCUUUUGGAAAUCUGAAUUGUUUGAACCAAUUGGUUUGCAACCAGUGUUGGGGAAAGUUACUUUUCAAAGUAAUGCAUUACAAUAUUGCAUUACUUCCUAAAAAAGUAACUAAUUGCAUUAGUUACUUUUUAUGAAUAGUAAUGCAUUACUUUACUUUUAGUAAUCUGAUUACAAAACUCAAGUUACUUGAUAUGCGUUACCAUCAACACUGUUCGCAACAAGAUUCACUGUUUUGAAGAGCUAAGAACACCACAGCUGGCCUCACCUGCUGCUCAAAAUUAUAUAAUGCAAAAUAAACUCAGCCCAAACUCACCUUUUGCAAACCAAGUGCAAAUGUUUUAUGAAAAACUAAUCGAUUAAAUAAUCUACAAAUAAUUAAAUAAUAUUCAAUAUGAAGGUUUAGUAAAAUGUGUGCUCUUUUAUUAAUUUAUUUAUAUGUAGUUUGUGUUGUGUGUUAGACUGUUAGGCAGGGCUAGGUCAAUUAAAAGCAAUUAACGAUCAUUCUCCUUUUUGAAUUAUACACACACAAGUAUUACAAUUAAAUGCAUUAAUAAUGAACCUAUAAAUCUGACCCGAGAUCAGUUAAAACCAUUAGACACUCAUUCACAGGUUCAAAAAAGAAUAAUGACGAGAGCAAACUCCCAU